GUUAGUUUGGUCUAAAGAAAAUGGCGGACCUCAUGUAGGGGUCGAGUGCGAUUAUCUGACAGAUACAUACAAUAUUGGGGAGUUAAUUUUGUAAUUUGUGAGCUAUCCUUACAGCCAUGUGGGCUAACAUUGCUCUGCGGAGUGUUUUGAAGUCGUCGGCUGGUGUGGUGAGGGAGAGCGGCUCUCUCUGCUCUUCUGUGAAAACCUGGACUGGCAGCUCCGCGCUACUGUCAGGACCAAGAGUCAGCUGUGUCGCAGGAAGUUUUGCAGUUCCACCUCCAGUAAGACACUACACUCAGGGUCCCAAGAGGAAGACCACCCUUGAGAGCCAACUCAUUGAUCUUCCUCCAACAAUGCUGAAGAUGGAUUAUGCAGCCGUACCCGUUGCUCAAAUGACUGAUGAUGUUGUCAAAAAAAUACUUUCGUUGGAGUUAGCAAGUCAUGGUGAAAAGCUAAAGAUGAAAAUGGAACAAAUGAUUGCAAAAGUCCAGAGGGAUGAGAAUGACCGCAACUCGCUGGAAGUUCGGGUGGCUAUUUUGACUGCAAAAAUCAGAAAUUUUCAAGAGCACCUGCAAAAGCAUCAUAAAGAUAAAUCAAACAAGAGGCGGAUGCUAAUGGCUAUUGACAGGAGGAAAAAGCUCUUGAAAAACCUUAGAUUAGUUCGUUAUGAUGCCUUUGAAAAUGUGUGUGAGCAGCUGGGCAUCACUUACACAUUUCCUCCAGAGUACUACAGACGGGCGACUCGCCGCUGGGUAGCAAAGAAGGCCUUCUGCAUCAAGGUCUUUAAAGAGGUGCAGAAGCAGAAGGCACAGCAGAAGCUGAAGAUGAAGCGAAGUUUAGCCUCCACAGACAUGGCUGCAACAAACACAAGAGCUUCUGAAUCCACAUAGAAGACAAUAAACUGUAUAAAGCAGCAGUUGAUCUCCACUUUCACACACCCAUGCAGUUAUGUGACAUGAAAAAUAGCUACCUUUUAGAGCAUUGUUUUGCUUUCACUUUAAGGUUGUUAUCAGAAGUGAAUGGAAAUAAAGUCACAGGAAGUUCUUUA